UUAAAACCACGUGAAGUUGUUUUUCCUUACUUGACAUUUUGUAAGCCAACAUCGAUAUCUGAUGUUUGACUUGAAAACAUGCAGGUUUUUCUAUUUCGACUGUUGGAAUGUUAGGUAAUUUCAAGACAUUGUUAUGCAUCCCUAAAGACCAUUUGAGAACACGUACAUCAUGGAAUACCUUUCAGACAUAGCGUCCUACUGCCAUCAGCUGGUAGCAGACAAAGCAUCUGACAGAAAGAAAAGUGUGGAGAAGUUGCUCCAGCUGCUGAAAAAGGGCUCAGUGUUAGAUGCUCUCGACAAAACCUCUGACAGUAAAGCAAGCCGGAGGGACCGACAGAUCACAUGGGAUGACAUCUUAAGGGGUGCUGUUGGCUAUGUCAAUGUGGAGACCGCUGUACUACAAAAGGCCAAGGAGGCUCAAACGGCCACCACUCUUGCAAACAGGGAAAAGAGAAAACAAGAGAUCAGUGGUGUCUUCAAAUCUGUCAUCCGCUUUGCUGACAAACGUGGCCCUCGACUGAAGUGUUCCUACAUCCUCAAACACCUGACAGAUGUCCUGAAGGACGAAUACAUGUGUAAUGCGUAUGGACUGGACUAUAGUAACAUUCUACUGAAAAAUCUACUGACGGUGCGGAAAUACUGGACAGAUAUUACUCUGGAGAUGUGGCAAGAACUGAUAGCACUGUACUGCAUGAUGUUCAUGGACGCUGAUUGUCGUGUGGACAAGACACUCCUGUCACGACUGAUUCGAGUGUUGAUCUCUGGGGCUACAACUCAAUGUGACUUAAGACCAAAGCGACUACUCAAAUUCUUCACUGACUAUUUCAAAAAUAUCAGACAGGAGAAGACAACAGGUGUCGUUGAGAACCUGCUUUCUGCCUUAAAUACAUUCCUACGAAGUAUUGCUGAGGGAUCACGCAUACAACUUUGCAAGCUAGGGGAGACUACUCUAAUCAGUAUGCUGUACUUAUGGGAGAACCGACCGUCACCCACUCUCAAGAAUGAAGUGGUGGAGUUCCUUCACCUUCAAAUGGAGUGUCACCAUCCAGGAGGAGCAAGACGUGGGAGUCCAGAGGCAGCCGCCAUCGACUGGGAUGUAUGGAUGAGCCAUCUUAAAAAGCUGUAUGAAGUAAUACAUGGGGAUCUUAAACAACAUGGAGGUCGUACAAAGUUCUCUGGAAAUACUAGAGAUGUGUCCAGGUCACGAGAGACUGAGCUGUCGUCUGCCUACAUCAAUCUAGCUGCUGAUUUGUGUCACCAGCUGUUUGAGGCAGACAGUCGGGAGUUGGAGAUAACUCAAAUUGAAGAGUCAUCAGAUGAGAGGCCACGUAGUAAGAAACGACGUUUAGAAUCAGGAUGGCAUGCGAUUCGGGACAAUCUAACCUCCCUUGGUCAGAGCCAACAACUGGUGCCAUGGUUACACCUGACAAAGCGUGUGGUUGAGAAGUACCCCAACAGUUUCCCGGAGGAUGAGUUUCCACUCUAUCUACAAUGUCUGUCCAAGCUACUCGCCCAAUGUAAAAGAAAUGACCUAAUGUGUCACAUCCUGGACUGCCUUCUGUGUUUUGUAUGCUACCCGACAGUGGUCACCCUGCCGCAGGUCAUCCAGGACACCUGUUUCACUACCUGGAAAAAAGUAUGGGCUUCCACUCUCAGAGCCUUGAGUCUACAAAAUGCUGUAGAACCAAGUUACAGAUUGCUGACAGAGAUGCUGAGAGGUGAGCUGGUGCCGUGUGAGAGAGAUGUCUGGAAUCUGUUUCUACCAUCCAUAUCUCACCCCACUGACGGCUCUGUGCAGUUUCUUAUCACCUAUAUGAUGACAAAGAGCCUGCCAGAAAACUAUCAGCCAAGUCUUCUCAGUUCAAUGGUGAUGGAAGGCCAACAGUCCUAUCCUCUACGAUCACAGCUUCUUGACUGGCUCCUACCUCCAAGACUUGUCAUGGAUGGAACCAUAACAACCAAACCCAAAUCUGACCUUGACCCUGGUUUAGUAGGACAAGCAUUAGCAUUUCUUGUAAUGAAAAAUCCUUCAUGUGUAAUGGUUACAUCAGAAAAAGAGAAAAACUUUGUUACCAAUCUUGAAAGAGUUUAUCUGCAAUCUUCUAACGACUUUCCAUUGUAUAACAGAAAGGUAACGACUAACGACAAAGGAAUCGGAAACAAGGACAAUGUUCUACUAUCUAUACUACUGAGAUGUAUUGAGGAUAACCUGAAAGAAAAUAUCAACAGUCUACUGGAUUUCUCAGAACCACAGGCUGCCGACACACAAUCUCUGGCAAGGGAAGCAUGCCAGAUCGUCAAAUUUUUAUACUGGCUUCUAAAAUAUGAACUUGUUUCAAAAGACAGUUUGCCAUCCAUGGAUGUAUUCAGUGUAUUGAAAUCACUUCUCAGGAAAGUCAGUACAUUUAUGAAUGAUAUACAGCAGAAUCAAGGAGCAGUGGAGUUGCUUGGUGUGUUGCCAUGGAUACAGGAUAUGUUAGAAUGGGAGGAGUCGGACAGAUCAGGGAUUGUUAUAGCCAGACUAGUGAGAUCCCUGAUCCCUGCCAAGGCUGUGGAUACUCUCCUCAACAUAGCUCACGCUACAAAUUCUAAAAGAAGUAAGCCUGAUGCUAACACAAGUCGAGCUGGAGCAUCACGAAGAGGCAGGAUCCUUGAGGACUUUGACGACAUGGACCUGGACUUUGAUGACAUGUCUGCUAAGGACACCACAGAUGACCUUGGUUUUGAUGAUGGAUUUGGGGACUCCCAGGAUUUAGAUGAAGCAGCUAAGCAUGGGGAUGGUUUUGAGAGCCUUUUGUCCCCUGCUAUGUUAGCAGACACCCACAGAGUUAGAGUGGAGGCUACAAGGGUCCUCUGUCUUUGGGCGGGGUUUGAUACUUUGGAGAUGAGACAGGCCGCACCUUUCCAUCCAGACACAGAACAAGGUAUUGUCAAGGCGAAGCUCGGGGAACUUUUGAGGGAGGACACAUUUGACCCAUACAAGGCUGUGGACUUACAACUGAUGAAGGAGAUGAUCACCUAUUUGACCCGACCUUGUCAACAGCUUGGGGACAUAGAUCUAGAUAACAUGGUGGAUGCUAUCAGACAAGUUGCCAAAGUACAGCGGAGAGACCAGGAUGUGAGUUUUAUGUGUUUGGAGCUCCUAGGAUACGUUGCUAGACGAUUGGCUGAUGAGGAGGACGAGGACCUACCAACCAAAACCAAACUAGAGUGCCGAGAUACCACCAUCAGUCUGCUGUCAGCCUUCUGGAAGUUACAGGAUGACCAAUACUGCUGUAAAGUAAGACUGGCUAUUGCGAAGUGUAUCAUGAACCUACUACAGGUUGACCCUGAGAAGCGAUGGGUUCACCUAUCCACACCUGGUGGUAACGAGGAUACAGAUAACAUAGCUGUGGAUAUAGAGUUUAUGCAGUACCUGUCUGAUCCAGCUCACUCUAUAAGGAUGUAUGCCGCCCAGGGUAUCAUACAGAUGUUCAUGGUUGGACAAGAGAAAAUGGUUCCGCGCGACAGAAUAGAACAGGACAAAGCAUUUGAUAAAAUCUACGAGAUCGUCAAUGAAAGUUUGGACAUUCAGGGUCGGUUGACUCCGGAGCGGGCCCACGACGAGCGUGAGAACAGGACAGGGAGUGUUCUGACAGCCCUUGGAAACAUCAUGUGUGUCAGUCCUGUGUGUGAGAAGAAGGCACUGUUUGCUUUAUGUCAACUCAUCAAGGAAAACGAUGUGGAAAUCAAACAAAUACAAAAUAUUAUCCAGAAAGUGUCAGAGAUCCUUCAGUUUAAGGAUGGUCAUGCUUUCAUGGCCGACCACCUCCCAUACCUCCUUCAUCAGUGGCUGGGACUCGGCUAUCCUGUCGCAGAAUUUCCACACCAGAUGGCGUUCUGUAAAACCAAACAGCACUUCUACAAGGACCAUUACAAAGUGAUCAUACCAGAACUGAUUAUGAAAAAGAACAUGGCCGAUGCCAAGGAGAUAGUGGUUGCUAUGGGAGGUAACUGGACAGAGACGUUGACAACGUGUAUCCCUAAAGUGGUGGUCCACAUCCUGCCAUUGUUUGCUGCCACUCGUCUGGGCGAGGUGUCGGGAGACGAGACUGUACAACGACGGACGGCUCAUGCUACGCAGUGUUAUGACUUACUUUCACAAGAGGCAACCAGAGAGGUAUUAGAAACAACUAUUGUAAGCAAGCUAGAUCAGAUUGUUGUCAACAUCCUCAUGUGUUUGUAUGACACUGAUACUGACGAGUUCAUACAGACAGGUGUUAUCAGGGAUAUGGAGCCGGAGCCUAACCCACCCUGUUUUAACACCUACAUGAUCAAAUCCACCCUGGAUUACCUGACAAAGAGUUUCUCCAGCAACAACAAGUCCUUGGUGGAUGUUCUGUCCCGCAAACAUGACCAGAUACAGAAGAUACUGUUAGAGCUGGCUAUUAAGCUGACUAAGGAACACAGACUUCAUGACAAGCGUCGCAUCCUCAUGAUGUACCGACUUUUCUGUAAACUACUUUUCAAGGAGUUUGACAGCCAGCUGGGAGGUAGUUGGGCCUUUAUUAUGAGAGAGGUUAUGUACCGACUAAUCUACAUCCUCAAGGACAUGGUGUCUGUCAACAGUCCAGUGACUGAAGAGGCAGCUUACAGGGAGAACAUUGCCUGUAUGGCCCUUGAGCUGUUACGGGAUAUGUGUGUCACCUGUAUGGAGAUCUGCUCUCUGGAGUUUGAGAAAUACCUGACAUUUUUUGUGAGCAGUCUGGUUCCAGUGGCUGGGAAUUCCGGGAUUGUGGGAGAAGAGGCUGCUGGUUUGCUGCGUCUCGUGAUCCUUGACAACUAUGCCAUACUGAAGCAGGGGAUUGUGUCUCUGGAUCCUUUCCCUGAUACAGAGGUGUUCUCACAGCUUCUUAUUACCUACAACAGACUCAAAUUUGCAGGAGGCACCUUUACUCUCAAGCAGGAAAUUGAACACUUUCUGGCAGUGUGUGAGAUGACCGGUGGUCAUUCGGAUAGCAGGAUUGAGGGACUCCAACACCUGUCUCAGAAAUUACAUUCCCAAAAACAGGAGAUUCUAGUGCUGGGCAGAGAGGAACAAGAUAAAUCAACAGAUAAUCUUCUGUGUAAACUGGUAUGUAAACUGGUCCACAUGGCCUUGACCUCUGGAGACAAGGUCAAGGACAAAGUGUCACAGUGUCUGGGAGAGAUCGGCCCUGUUAACAUGGCAACAGUAGCACUGCCUGACGUGACAGAACUGGCCUGUAUACAGGAGGCUAAGGAAGUGUUCAGUGAGGACACAUAUCUCCAGAACUACUGUGUUAUAUUCCAUACGCUCAACACUUACCUGGUUGAUCAGGAUGUUGACAUAGUAGAAGCGGCCUCAUGUGUGCUCAAGUCCAUGUUGUGUACCAAGACAGGGGUUGACUUCUCCCCCAUCUACAAGGAGAAAGUCGGUGAUAGGGACCAUCUCAUAGAGUAUCUACAUCCUUUCAGAGUCAAGAAAAAGGUAACAGCAAAUAAAAAGACAAAACAUUCCACAAAUACUGAACAGUUCUGUGGACUGGUAGACAGGGAGACACUCUGGUUGUCCAACACCAGUAACCAUAGCAACUGGGUACGGAGGCUGACUGUCACACUUAUACAGAGUGGUGCAGUCAAGGAUGAGAUUCUGGCCCUAUUAGAGCCCAUCUGUGAUAGGAAGACAAACUUCUGUGAGAUUGUACUUCCGUUGCUGAUCCACGACAUCCUCGUACAAGGAGAGGACAUCCACAAGGAGGUUCUGUCACGACAGAUCUCCGCCUUCUUCUCCACCCACUGUGGUCAUAGUAACCCAGAGAGCCGAGGUAUCACACCUGUAGACAAGACAGAUUCUACAACUGUAUGCUUCAACAAAGAUUCCAUCAGGACUAUGCUGAAGGUGGUGCAACAUCUCAGACAGCAGGAGAGGCCCAAGGAGGGGAGAAGACAGAUGACAGCCUGGGAUAACAACUUCUGGAUGGAUUUAAACUAUCUACAUGUAGCUAAGGCAGCUCUCUACUGCUCCGCCCACUUCACCACGGUUCUCUACUCUGAGAUAUGGUGUGAUGCUCACAGACAACAACAUGAGGAGAGCCGGAGUUCAUCAGGCAGUCAGAGUCUUUCUCAGGACUUUACUCAGGACACGAAGAUAGACUCGGCCAGCUCUGCCUCCACAGAGGUUGGCAUCAAUGUACAGGACCUGUUGAUGGAGGCCUUUCAGCAGAUUGGGGACCCUGAUGGCUUGUAUGGUUGUGGAGCAGGGAGACUAGCUGACACCUCAUCCAGAGUAAAGACAUAUGAGCAUGAGAACCUAUGGGACAAGGCUCUGGUUACCUAUGACAUCGAUAUGUCCAGUUCUUCAACCAAUACAAGUCUUGGAUUGCUGCAGGCUCUACAAAACUUUGGUGCUCUGGAGGUGUUAAAUCACUACUUCCAUGGGAUGUCACCCGGAGCAGAUGUUGCCCCGAAUGUAGAGGAGUUACAGUAUCAGUCUGCCUGGAAGGCUGGUCAGUGGACUCUGGACCCUACUCUCAGAUCUAAUCAGACUGGGUACCACCAGGCCGUGUACUCCGCCCUUAGUGCAGUCAAAGAGGAUCACUUGUCUCUGGCCUCCUCAGCAGCCCGCACAGCCAGAUUGAGUGUGAUAGAGAGGCUGGGUGAGGGGAGUAUGGAGAGCGCCCGGUGUCUGUACCCCAUGUUAACAGACCUCAACUGUGUCUCACAGAUAGAGAACGCCCUCAAAUGUAACCUCAGGAACCAAGAUGAGCUGGGCAGUCUAUUGAACUGUUGGUCAGGCGAGGAUGAAAACUACCUUAACAGCAAUGACUUUGAGUUCCUAGAGCCAGUCUACAAUAUUCGCAUCACACUAUUACGACUGAUCCUGAACAAGGGGAAUAACUCUGCAGUGUCCGACUGUCUACAGAGACAGCUGUUGCAGUUAGCAAGACUCAGUAGUGGAGCAGGCAGGCAUCAGGUAGCAGAGAGAGCCAUUGGUCAGCUGAAGUCCCUAGAACCCUCUGUCCUUGACCUCCACAUCACCAAGCUGGUUGAGGAGGCCAAUAUGUUCUGGGCUCGUGGAGAACAGAAUACUGCCAAACAUCUGAUGAAAGACAUCAUAGUGCAGCUCAAAAAGGUCCGCAGAAAAGACCAGGAUGCUGCCAAGUAUUACGCAAAAGUGCUGUGUAUAUAUGGCAACUGGCUGGCCGAAACAAGAUCAGAGAACCCAAACGUCAUUAUGGAAGACUACCUAGAUAAGGCUGUUGCUAUGUUAGAUGAGGCUGGAAUCGAGGAUGAUGUAGCUCUGGACUCGUAUCUUGCCCUGGCUCGCUAUGCUGACAGCCAGUAUCAACACAUCGUCAACUACAUGAAAUCUAGUACAUUUGAGUCCAAACAGAAUCUUUUCAAAAAAGCUCAAAAGGAAAUAGAAUCCCUGAAACAAGUUGGGGACAAUACAAAAGAGAAAUAUUUCAUCAUUCUAAACAAACAGAGCAAGAUUGACCGACAAGAGAUUGCCACUCUUGAAGACGACAAGGGUCGCUUUCUUGUCACUGCCGUCGAGAACUAUAUCCGUUGCCUGAAGGCUGGGGAUCGUCACGACCUUCGUGUUUUCAGACUGACCUCGCUCUGGUUCAGUAACAAUACCAACCAGGAAAUCAAUGAAAUUUUACAGGAUGGUAUCGAGGACCUUGGUACAUACAAGUUACUGCCCUUGAUGUACCAGCUAGCCACCAGGAUGGACACUCGGCCACACAAAGACCAGUGUCCUCUGUUCCAGACCACCCUCAAUAAGGUGAUAGAGAGGACUGCAAUGGACCACCCACAUCACACGCUCUUCUGUAUACUCGCUUUAGCACACGCCAAAAAGGAUGCUGACAUCUUCAAAGACCCUAACAAAAAGGGCAAGUUGUCAAGGACAAUGUCAGAAAUGGCCAGAGAGGAAGAGGGGAGAAUCGAAGCAGCUAAGAAUUUGGUGGAGAGAUUGAAGGCACAAAAGGGAAAUAACUCUGUGGCAAAUAUCGUCAAAGACAUGGAGAAGCUUUGUCUGGCUUACAUAGAGUUGGCUAACUACCCAGUCACCAAGUACAAGGCUGAGACAAAGCCGAUCCCUUUCCCUGGAAUGCUAAAACUACCAGCAGUGAAAGAUUUACGUAACAUUGCAGUCCCCACAAUGGAAAUACCUGUGGACCGCAGUGGAAACUACACCAACAUAACUUACAUACAUAAGUUCCAACCUACAUUUAAAUUGGCGGGCGGCAUCAACCUCCCAAAGAUCAUAUCCUGUAUUGGAUCGGAUGGUAGCAGCUAUCGUCAGCUAGUGAAGGGUCGUGACGACCUUCGCCAGGAUGCUGUGAUGCAGCAGGUAUUCAGCAUGGUCAAUAACCUUCUCAAAAAAAAAUCUGAGACGAGGAAGCGUGACCUUCAGAUUCGCCAGUACAAGGUCAUCCCACUGUCCCAGUGUAGCGGCCUGUUAGAGUGGUGUGAAGGCACACUUCCCAUAGGCGAGUACCUGAUCGGAGGUAAAGGGGAGGCUGAGGGUGCCCACAGGCGUUACCGUCCUCACGACCCCCUGGCAAUGGACAGUAGGCGGGAACUUGCAGGAGUACAUGCGAAACCGUCGGAGGAUAAAUACAAGACAUUCCUAGAAGUGUGUAGUAAGUUCCGGCCUGUUUUCCGACACUUCUUCAUGGAAAAAUUUCCAGAGCCCGCUCACUGGUAUGAGCGUCGACUAGCCUACACCAGAAGUGUGGCUACCAACUCCAUAGUUGGCUACAUACUUGGCCUUGGGGACCGACAUGUACAGAACAUCCUGGUGGACUGUAAAACAGCUGAGCUCGUCCAUAUUGAUUUAGGUGUGGCAUUUGAACAAGGCCGAAUCCUACCAACACCAGAAACUGUACCGUUUCGUCUGACACGGGAUAUUGUGGAUGGUAUGGGUGUGUCGGGAGUGGAGGGCGUGUUCCGCAGGUGCUGCGAGAAGACAAUGGAAGUUAUGCAUGACCACCAGGAGGCGCUGCUUACUAUUUUGGAGGUGCUACUGUAUGAUCCUAUCAACACCUGGUCCAUGUCGCCUGCCAAGGCGUACGCACUGCAGCAUCGCCGUGACCGUACUGACGAGGCUUCUGAACUCAAUGUCACUAACACCGCCCGCGACAUGCUAGAGAUGGCCGGGGGCUCAGAGGAAAACAGAGAAAAUGUCAACAAAUUGGCUGAGCGUGUGUUACUGCGAUUACAGCAGAAGUUACAGGGGAUCGAAGAUGGGAUACAGCUGAGUGUGGCUGGGCAAGUUAACCAUCUUAUACAGGAGGCACGCGACCCCAAAAAUCUCUCCAGGCUUUUCCCAGGGUGGCAGCCAUACUUGUAAUGCUCUUUAGGUCACUACUUUAUUGGCUUGAAUUGGUGAUCUCUAGGAUGUAAGGAAGACUUUUAUGUCUUGGACCAAGGGAAACCUGGUGAUGUCUUGGACCAAAGGAAACCUGGUGAUGUCUUGGACCAAAGGAUUAAGCCUGGUGAUGCCUUGGACCAAAGGAAACCUGGUGAUGUCUUGGACCAAAGGAAACCUGGUGAUGCCUUGGACCAAAGGAAGCCUGGUGAUGCCUUGGACCAAAGGAAGCCUGGUGAUGCCUUGGACCAAAGGAAGCCUGCUUGUGUCUUAUUAGGACCGAAGGAAGCAUGGUGAUGUCUUUAAUUGGACCGAAGGAAACCUCUUGAUGUUUAGGACUGAUGGAAGCAUGCUGAUUCCUUUGACAGAGGGGAGUGCUCGACCAAUAAAAUGCAGUGCUGUUUCAGAGAUAUGUUUGCAUGUGAAGGAUUAAAAUCUAGUGGUUUAAAAACCAGUGGUGAGGACUAUUCAAGAGAUGCUGGAAUCUCUAUUACAUACCUGGUAUUGUUCAAAGGGAAGGCUGUUUUUGGCAGGGCCAAAGUCACAUUUUUUCCCUGACGAAGGACUAGAGAAGUGAAGUUUUAGUAUGAUGACAAUUUAUUUGUUCAUGGCAUAGUGAUAGUUGCCAUAGUGAUUUGAGAUUACAAAUGCAGAAAUUGUGUUGGUUGGUCUCCAAAAAUUACUUAAACUGGUGGUCAUGUUUUGGAGAAGUCAAGGUAGUGGAAGAUGUACUUUACCCUAAAUGCCACAGAACCGAUAUUUGUGAACUGUGAAGAUGGCCUUGACAGCCAUGGGAAUGUAAACUACAUUUAUAGAAGUAAUGAACCAAAGUUACAGAUAGGGAUAAUCAAAUACAUGUACAGCGCUACACAUAGGGAUAAUCAUAUACAUGUACAGCGCUACACAUAGGGAUAAUCAUAUACAUGUACAGCGCUACACAUAGGGAUAAUCAUAUACAUGUACAGCGCGACACAUCAAUCUGGAUUCAUAACUCAAGAGUGUUUUUUAUAUGUAGGACUUAAAAAGGUAAUUUAACACAUCAAUCUAGAUUCAUAAAUAAUUUUCUUUUUAUAUGUAGGACUUAAAAGGUAUUGUGACAUAUACAAAUUCAUGGUUGUGUAGUUGCUUGAUAAAAAAUAUUUGUUAUAAAUGAUCUAUAAUGUGCAAAAUCUGGUACAGUAAGAAAUAUGCAUGAUGUCAUAAUAUGGCAUAGUAUAUUUAGAUCUGUAGUAGUGACUGGAUUUUUGGGGGGGGGGUUAGUUAGUGGCCGUUAAUGGCCAGUAGGAAUGGGUGUGUGCAAUCGACACUGGAUGACACCAUCUUUAUUGAUUUUUUUUUUUUUUUUUUUUUUUCAAUUUCUGAGUUUACUUUACCACCCACAAGUUUAAAUUUGAAUAUUGAUAUUUCCUAUUCGAGGUGAUUAAUUGAUAAAUAAUACAGUGAAAGCUGUAGUGAUUGAAAUGAAAGACAGAAAACUUUGGUCACUUCAGACAGUGUAUCAGUGAAUCAGUCUUUACUAGCAUCAAGAGGGACAGAAUUAUUAAUCCACCUUCAAAAUCCAAGGGUUCUGUUAGUCUGUACCCCUGAAAUAUGUAAUGGCAAAAUUAAAAAAUCCUUCACACAUGCCACCUUUUAGAUGUGAGAUGAUGUGCCUUGAAACUAUAACUAACAAGGGAAUAAUUUUAAGUUGUAAAUUUAUUUCACACCUAUUUUGAAACUACAUUUGUAGUUAUAACGACUUAAAUUAAUCACCCAUGUUGGCCAGGACGGAAGGGGUCUUACGGUAGGUUGUUGUCUUGGUAAUGACAGAUUUAAUCAUGAAAACAAAAUAUUUCAUCACGAUGCAAUGUCUGAUAUUACAGCAAUUAGUCUGAAAAGUCAGGUGUCAGUAAAGCAGUUUCACUGUAUGUUGCAUUUAAGUAUUAUUUGAAGUUUGUAUGAAUCCUCUACUUGGAUUCAAACAUUUUGUUGAUAAAAAAUCAUUAUUACAAAAGUGCUGUCAGUAUACUUAAUCAGAUUCGCUACAUUAUCUUGAUAAAUUCAGACUUUAAAUUGACACAAAUUCCUGUUACUGUGAAAUACAUGUUGGUUGUUAUUGUUUUUUGUUGCUUUUUGACAAUAAAGGAGCAUAUUUGUUGCAUGAAAAUUAAAAAAAAAAAUUCUUGUUUUUGUUGAAAGUUAGAUUGAUACAGGUAGAUCAAACC